AUGUCGAGUCUCAAUGAUGACAAUCGAACAUCAGAUUCACAUGCUGAUAGUAACUAUUGGCAGCGUGUUCGUCAAGCACAACAAUCCGGAGAACUUAACAGACAAAAUUCCAUCGGUCAAUUUGAGCAAAAACGUAAAUAUCGACAGAACUUAGCUGACACGUCAGCUAAAUCGAUGAAAACAGCUACAACAAGUCCUCAACAUCAAUUUCAACAAUUAGUUGAACGUGUUCGAGAACUUCAAAAAGAAAUCGUACCCGAUUUUCUUCUCUAUCAAAUGCCAACGACUUAUUCACCGUUUGCAGCUAUAACUCCAAGUUCGAAUGUGAGCCAAGGAAGCAUAUCAAAUCUUCCAUAUCGACAAAGUUUAUCAAUUAGUUCAACUUCAUCAAGUUCUUCUAUUCCUAGUCAAAGAAUGGGUCUAUCAUCCAGGAUUCUUGAACGAGCUCAUCAAAUUCCUGAAAGAUUUUGGUUGGAUUGGCAGCAAAAACAAAUGCAAGAUCAAAUAGAAGAACUUGAAUACAUUAAAAAUAAUAUACAGUGUACUCCUAAUUUUCCAUCGUUUCCCAAUGCCGUUGAAACGAAAGAUACUGAUCUUUCAAAAUUAAAUCGUCAAACUAGCUAUGAUGAUCUUUGUCGACAGCGUCUUACAUUUUUACAAGAAGCAAAUCGAUUAGCGAAUGAACGUCGUGCUAGUCUUGUUCAAUCGGCAACUCUAGAUGAAACAAUACCAGAAAAAAUAAAAAAUGAGUCUCAUAAGCGUGAUGAAGAUGAUGAACGUUCUAUAAUUUUUGAUCAAAGAUCACAAGGAUCUAUUGAUACAGCACACAUAAAUGAUUUCGAUGAAUUUCCAUCUGAUUCAUCUGCUCCGCUUGCAUCUGUUCAGAAAGCUUCAUCGACCCUUGAUCGUUCUCAGUUGGCAAUCUCCUUACCGUUUACUUAUAAAAACGCAAGAGAAUCAACAAUAGGCCGCAAUAAUCAUCGUCAAGCAUCUAUUGAACCGAUGCUCGAAAAAGUCAUCGAAGUCAAUGAUAGUGCUAUGCAAACAACUUCACCGAGUAAUAGCAUUGCUGAUGUAGCACAAAUCGAUACAGAAUUAAAUGUUACGUUGAUCAAACGAGAACAUCAACAGCAAAUGAGUCCAAUAUUAUAUUCAAAAGCAAUUAUGAAUCGUAGUAUUGAAUUUCGUAAAUUUCAACCGAUAUCAUGCCACAAGAUAUUGACGAAAGAUGUUACAAAGCCUAUUUCAGUAAUAUAUCAAAAAUCAACUCAAACAGAAGAUUACAUUUCGUUAAUAGACAAUAAAGAAAGAUAUUUUUACUUUCAUCAUAUAAUUCAAAAUGAAACAAAACUUAAUAAUCUUUCAAACUCAAAGAAAAACAGUCGCUCUUAA